CCUCAGUCCUUGGCCGAAAGAACCAAUCUUCCGAUUCAGGAUACCAGUCUCAAGAGAUAUGGGUGAAGAAGUGAAAGCAGUGGUUCCGGAAUCGCUCUUGAAGAAGCAGGUGAGGAAAGAGCAAUGGGCUCUUGCAAAGAAGCAAGAGCUCGAAGCUGCAAAGAAAAAGAAUGCUGAAAACCGGAAGUUGAUCUACAACCGAGCUAAGCAGUACUCAAAAGAGUAUGAGGAGCAGGAAAAGGAGUUGAUUCAGUUAAAGCGCGAGGCGAGAUUGAAGGGAGGCUUCUAUGUUAACCCUGAGGCAAAACUCUUGUUCAUUAUUAGAAUCCGCGGGAUCAAUGCAAUGCACCCAAAGACCAAGAAGAUUUUGCAGCUUCUGCGAUUAAGACAGAUCUUUAAUGGUGUGUUUUUGAAAGUAAACAAGGCAACAAUGAACAUGCUGCAUAGGGUUGAGCCUUAUGUGACAUUUGGGUAUCCCAACCUGAAAAGUGUCCGAGAAUUGAUUUACAAGAGGGGUUAUGGGAAACUAAACAAGCAGAGAACUGCAUUGACUGACAACUCUAUUGUUGAAAUGGCCCUGGGUCAGUUUGGGAUCAUUUGCGUGGAAGAUCUGGUACAUGAGAUUAUGACUGUCGGACCCCACUUUAAGGAGGCGAACAACUUCUUGUGGCCAUUCCAAUUGAAGGCACCACUGGGUGGUCUGAAAAAGAAGAGGAAUCACUAUGUUGAAGGAGGCGAUGCCGGAAACCGUGAAGAUUACAUUAACGAGCUCAUCAGGAGGAUGAACUAGGCUCCUAUCCAACUUGGCUUUUUUCAAUGUGUAGUUAGUUAUUGAUACUGUACUUUUUUUUGAGGCAAUCAAGCAUCUGUUCUUUGUUUGAGUUUUUGACGAAGCAGAGUAUCCUAAAGCAUAAAAGACAUUGUUAUUUAAAAAAUGAUUUUGGAUGUUUUUGAAAUCUCGAAUGGUUCGAUUGAUAGUUUCUUUCGUGACAAUUUUGAAUUGUUACUCUUCAACUUGUACAAGAAACAUAAUUAGUUUAAAGGACUAAAAAUUUUUU